CGAAGGCCGGCGGAUUGAGAGUAACCAAAAGAUUCAGUUGCUGAAGCAGGCCCUUAAGCGAUAUGAAGAUCUCCAUGUCGACAUUGAAUCGACGGAUACUCCCGAUGGUAUGUAAUCCUGCCAUUGAGGUUUCCCCUUAUAUUUCCGUUGUGCCAUGUUUGCUAAACGUGCUAAUAUCACUUCCAUAGAUGAAAGUUUAAGCACUCCCAAUUUGCGCAAGCCACUAACUGGUCUGCUAACCCUCCGCAUCCACGCCGUGAAGGACGUCGACCAUGCCGCCAGCUCGAGGUUCUCCAGAGGUCCCGAGACGUUCAUUGUGCUGAAAGUGGAGGAUACCAUCAAGGCUCGGACAAAAGCGACACGCAUCGACAGGUGGCAGGACGAAACGUUCAACAUCGACAUCGACAAGGCGAACGAGAUUGAGCUCACAGUCUACGAUAAGUCGGGUGACCGACCUACGCCGAUUGGUAUGCUUUGGGUGCGCAUUUCCGACAUCGCUGAAGAGAUGCGUCGUAAGAAGAUCGAGUCUGAGUUCAAUGCAUCGGGUUGGGUGUCUGCGGAUAAGAUGGAGCAUGGAGGUGCGCCGGGACGACCGGACACCGCUGGGGGACCAGGCUCUGCUCACCCAUCAGGGCCCGGAGGCCCUGGUGCGGCGCCGAGUCAAGGUUACGGAGAUGGAAGCGCCGGAGCGCCUGGCGGGAACCAGGUCAUGAUCGAUUCAUGGUUCGCGCUGGAGCCAGUUGGUCGUAUCUACCUGUCAAUGAGUUUCGCCAAGCAAUUGAAGGACCGCCGGCCAUUCGAUAUCGGUCUCAACCGUCAGGGUGCAGUUCGUCAGAAGAAGGAGGAGGUUCACGAGAAGCAGGGCCACAAGUUCGUCACCCAGCAGUUCUACAACAUCAUGCGCUGCGCCCUCUGCGGUGACUUUCUCAAGUACGCCGCCGGUAUGCAGUGCGCCGACUGCAAAUACACUUGCCACAAGAAGUGCUACCCGAAGGUUGUCACCAAGUGUAUCAGCAAAGCCAACUACGAAACCGAUCCCGACGAAGAAAAGAUCAACCACCGCAUUCCCCAUCGCUUCGAGGGUUUCUCCAACAUCUCCGCCAACUGGUGCUGUCACUGUGGUUAUUUGCUUCCCUUUGGGCGGAAGAACGCCAAGCGAUGCACAGAAUGUGGCCUUACUUGUCACUCGCAUUGUACACAUCUGGUGCCUGAUUUCUGUGGUAUGUCUAUGGAGGCAGCCAACCAAAUCCUGGAGACCCUGAUCCGCACCAAGAACCAUAACAAGACCGCCUCUGUGAGUUCCGGUCUUAGUGGCCGCACCCUGCGGCCCAGCGGCACACCCCAGGGCCCUCAGGACAGUGCGGCUAUGGCCUACCCACAGAAGCCCGUCGAGAGCCCAUACGGGGCACCUCAGCGGCAGCCUUCCGCUGAAGCUGUGAGCGCAGCGACCAACUCGUACAUGCCUCCUCAGUCCCCGACAGCCGCUGCAAGGCAGCAGAUGCCCCCGAGAACGUCGUCGAGUGCGGCUGUGGCUGCUGCUACUGUCGCGACGGGAAUGCCCUCUCCCCAGCAAAUGCCAGUGGAGCAGACUCGCCCAAUGCAGCCUCAGCUGCCUACAUAUGAUCCCAAGGCGUACGAGCCGUACGCCAAUGCUCCGCAAGGCAUGCCGGCUCAAGCGAUGCAGCAUGCAGCUCCUGCCGCGUAUGGCAUGCCUGCACAGCAGCCGGCUAUGAUGCAGAUGCCUCCACAGCAGGCCCCUGAGGCUCCUCAGCAGCCCAAGGUCCGCAUUGGUUUGGACCACUUCAAUUUCCUGGCAGUCCUGGGUAAGGGUAACUUCGGAAAGGUCAUGCUGGCAGAGACGAAGAGCACCAAGAGGCUGUACGCCAUCAAGGUGUUGAAGAAGGAGUUCAUCAUCGAGAAUGACGAAGUGGAAAGCACGAAGUCCGAGAAGCGAGUCUUCAUGAUCGCGAACAAAGAGCGUCACCCCUUCUUGCUGAACCUGCACGCCUGUUUCCAGACGGAGACUCGUGUUUACUUCGUCAUGGAAUACAUUAGCGGUGGUGAUCUGAUGUUGCACAUUCAGCGCGGCCAGUUUGGUCUCAAGCGAGCACAGUUCUACGCUGCGGAGGUCCUGCUGGCACUCAAGUAUUUCCACGAGAACGGUGUCAUUUACCGUGAUUUGAAGCUCGAUAAUAUCAUGUUGACCCUGGAUGGUCACAUCAAGGUUGCUGAUUACGGUCUUUGCAAGGAGAACAUGUGGUAUGGUGCGACCACGAGCACGUUCUGUGGUACUCCGGAAUUCAUGGCGCCCGAGGUGAGUACAAUGCUUGUGAUCCGUGUCUAGUCGGUACUAAUGCUUGCAAAAGAUUCUCCUGGAUAAGAGAUAUGGCCGUGCUGUUGAUUGGUGGGCAUUCGGUGUCCUUAUCUACCAGAUGCUUCUCCAGCAGUCUCCAUUCCGUGGUGAAGAUGAGGACGAAAUCUACGAUGCUAUUCUUGCCGACGAGCCGCUAUACCCCAUCCACAUGCCUCGCGAUUCGGUUUCGAUUCUCCAGAAGCUCCUCACCCGUGAGCCAGAACUACGUCUUGGCUCCGGACCUACCGACGCCCAAGAAGUCAUGUCCCAUGCCUUCUUUAGGAACAUUA